CUCGGGCGAGGAGCACACGCCGGCAUUAGGAGAGGAGCUUAGGCUGCACGGAGCCUCCACCACCACCACAGAGGAACAAAACGCAGGAGCGAGCAGGACAUGAUUUCUGGGUGUUUUGUGGAACGCAAGAGCGCAGCGCAAGACUUUGGCACCGCGUUAAAACGCAGCUGUGGACACGCGGAAUCCGGCUUCCCAGGCUGCGAGAUCUGUUACUUUACGAGUCCCGCCUGCUGCUAAUAGUAAAACCCUCCAAGUGAGGAAGAGAGCUCCGUGUGCGCAAAACACGCGGGGACGCAGAGGCGGUGGAUCCGCGGAGUGGGAGCCGCUCGUUUGGACCUUGACGCGCAGUGGAGCCGCUGUCCUCCCCGGAGCGCAGAGAUCCACCCGGAGCCUCCCGGCUUGGGAACACGCAGUUCUGAUGCAGGAGUUUGUUUGGACGCUGUUUGCUGGAUGAGGUUCUGGUUCCAUCUCUCCUCCGAAUGGACAGAUUCACCCAGAAAACCCCCCUGCGCAACUGAACAUCUGAAUUCCGCCAGUGACAUGUAGUUGUCACUUAGUUUUCUCCUCCUAUGGUUUAAUAAUCUCCGUGGGAUUAUUACUCAAGAUCUUUCAUUUCCACUGUAACCAGUGUCUUCCCUGUUUGGUCCUGAAGGGGUGUGGAUCUCUCUUCCCCCUGUUCCCUUUUUUUUAAUUUCUCGUUUUUGGAGAAUAUCUAUCUACACGAGGUGGAAACAUUCGAAACUUCAAGCUCCCCGCGAGUUUUCUGAAUCAUCCAAGAUGGAUUUUGUGCCAUCGCUGAUUGGAUUUUUAAUGGCAAUGUGUCAUCUGGCGUUUAGAGUCAGAGGAGAAGAGGCAUCGGAGUGCGGCGGGAUGUUCGAUGCCAGCAAAGCGGGCUACAUCACCUCCCCCGGUUAUCCUCUGGAGUACCCGCCUCACCAGAACUGCCACUGGAUCAUCACGGCGCCGGAGUCAUCGCAGCGCAUCGUCCUGAACUUCAACCCGCACUUUGAGAUCGAGCGGCUGGACUGCAAGUACGACUUCAUCGAGAUCCGUGACGGGACCUUGGACACCGCAGACGUCCUGGGUCGGCACUGCAGCAACAUAGCCCCGGCACCAAUCAUCUCCUCCGGCCCCUCCCUGCAGAUCAAGUUCGUCUCGGACUACGCCCACCAGGGGGCGGGCUUCUCCCUGCGCUACGAGAUCUUCAAAACAGGGUCGGAAUUCUGCUUCCGCAACUUCACCAGCCCGUCCGGCAUGAUCGACUCGCCGGGCUUCCCCGACAAAUACCCGCACAACCUGGAGUGCUCCUACAUGAUCAUCGCCCCGCCGCGCAUGGACAUCACCCUCACCUUCCUCACCUUCGACCUGGAGAACGACCCCCUGCUGGUGGGAGAGGGCGACUGCAAGUACGACUGGCUGGACGUGUGGGACGGGCUGCCGCAAGUGUCGCCUCUGAUUGGCCGGUACUGCGGGACAAAGAUCCCCCCGGAGAUCCAGUCGUCCUCCGGCCUGCUCUCCCUUUCCUUCCACACCGACAUGGCCGUGGCCAAAGACGGCUUCUCGGCCCGCUACAACAUGACGCACAAAGAAGUCACCGACUCGUUCCACUGCAGCAUGGCACUCGGCCUGGAGUCGGGCAAGAUCAGCGACGAUCAGAUCAGCGCGUCCACGACCUUCUACGACAGCCGCUGGUUGCCCCGGCAGGCCCGCCUCAACAACGACGACAACGCUUGGACGCCGUCGGAGGACAGCAACAAGGAGUUCAUCCAGGUGUGUGUCUGUGUGCAGGAUCGCACUGCAGAACCCACCACGCCGGCCGAAACGGUCACGCCAACUCUGCCUCCCAACACCGAGACCACCACCGUCCCCAUCACGACGACAGCGGCCACCUCUUCUUCAUCAGACAGCGUGUGCGACUUUGACCACGGCCUGUGUGGGUGGACCCACGACCCCAACGCCCCUCUCUUCUGGUCCCUGCACAGCCAUGAGCUCAACAGCUAUCUCUACAUGGACGCCAGCCUGAAGACGGAGCAGCAGCGCGCCCGCCUCGUGAGCCCCGUGGUGGCGGCGGAGACCGGGCCCCUGUGCCUCCUCUUCUCCUACCAGCUGUGGGGCGAGGCCCAGGGCCACCUGAAGGUGCUGCUGCGGGACGCCCACAGCGAGGAGACCCUGCUCUGGACGCUCACGGACGACCAGGGCUCCCUGUGGAAGGAGGGCCGCACCAUCCUGCCUCGCUCCCCGAAAGACUUCCAGGUUGUGAUGGAGGGUUUCUUCGUGCACGGCACCAGAGGACACAUCUGGAUAGACAACAUCCACAUAAGCUCCAGCACCCCCCUGAAAGAGUGUACACAACCCUUCGCUGCGUUUCCUCCUGAAAACCCAGGGGGAGGCGUUCCUGUGCCUCCCUUGCCCAUCCACUGGUAUUACAUUAUGGCCGCCGGAGGCGCCCUCCUUCUCCUGGCGGUGGCCAUCUUGGUCAGAGCCCUCUGUUGCUGCCGACAACACCUGGCCACCAAGAAGAGCCAGCUGUCGGUGGCCUAUCACAGCUCCUCGCAGUGCUUCCAGUAUUCUAACUGGUCGUCCAGUAUGGCCGCCCCAGGGGUGGAGCCAGUCCUGACAGUGAGACUGGACAGCCGGGACCGACACCGCACCCUCUGCUUGGACAGCUACCAGGAACGGAAACCCAAUGAAUUUGGAGAUGGGCGACUUUUCAGCGGCAGAGACCCUCUGGGGGGAGUCCUGCAGUUCCCCGAGUGGAACACGGCGUCUCCGUCAUCCGACCCCCCCGUCACCCGCGUCUCAGAGAAGGACAACUCGUGGCUCUACACCCUGGACCCCAUCCUGGUCACCAUCAUCGUGAUGAGCUCCCUGGGCGUGCUGCUCGGGGCGGUGUGCGCCGGCCUCCUGCUCUACUGCACCUGCUCCUACAGCGGCCUGUCGUCGCGCUCCUCCACCACCCUGGAGAACUACAACUUCGAACUGUACGACGGCCUCAAGCACAAGGUCAAACUGAACCAACAGCGCUGCUGCACCGAGGCGUGAGGGGAGGAGCCGCGAGGGGAGACGGGCCGAGAGGGCGACGCUUCGAUUGUGGAAACCUCUCGCUGUUUUUCUUCAUUUCCUCCAGUUUCACUUUAGCCUCAGUUUACUCCCUUGAUGGUGCAGAUCCCCCCACCCCCCCCCCACCCCCGGACACACGGAAAACGUGGCGUUGUUUUUUUGCGGCGAAGGAGCCAACGAAGGACUGGGGUUACCCUGUUCCAUUGCGGGGGGGGGGGGGGUGUUAAGCCUCAACAAACAAAUAUCUACACAUAUCAGCUACAGUUUCCCGCUCCACCUGAAGUGAACUGUGUAUCAAUGCAUCAUAGAUUUGUAAGAGGUGUGUUUUUUGCGACUGUCCGCUGCACACAUGUCGUGUUGAAGAGGUGGUAGGUUAGGAACGUGCUUAGAAAGCGUCUGUUUUGCUCACAUGUGAACACAGUGGCCUAGAACUUAGCUCCUUUGUGUGGCACGUUGACGUUUUCUCUCCUCUUUUUUUUGUUUUUUUUUGCGUUGCAUUCCGUCCCAGACUCUGCUACCUAUCAGCCUCAGUUAUCCUCUUAGCUCCAGACAUCCCUCUCUUUCUGUUUUAAUGUUUUCGUUCUGGCCGGUUGCCAGUCCGCCACGGAAGAUAAGUAGUGAGGGAAAAGAAACUGAGAAACGUGUAAGUGGUGCGGGGUCGGGAUUUGAACGCAUUCUUUCCAAGGCGGAGAGACGUUAUUGUUAGAUUUAGUUGUUGCUGGUUCCUGUCAAAGAGAAGGUCGUGUUUACAUUGUGGUUAAUUGUGAAAAGGUCAAGGAGCUUCGGUCGGUGCAACCUAUGGAUUGCUGGUAUAUAAAAAAAAAAAAGGAGGGAAUGAGAAAGACGAUGAUUGACAGCGCACUAAAAACAAAAUCCCCUGCCUCUCUCCUCCUCCUCCUCCUCCUCCUCCUCCUCACUCUCUCACAGGGGUAAUGUUCUCUCUGGGCUCUCGCAAAGGAUUGAAAACAAAUGCAGAGCCAGAAAAAAAGAAAACUCUUUUAGUGAGUGAGUGAGAGAGUGAGAGAGAGAGCGCCCGGACACACGACAAGCCUUAAAAAGCAAAAACUGUUUGCGGAAAGAAAGGAUCGCUGAGGCUUCACCGAGACACGAGGGAUGAUCUAUCCCUCUCUUUCUUUAUGGGGACCUCGAAAGCCAUGAUUUAAAGGACCUACCCCCCCCCCCCCCCCCCCCUCCCAUCACCCCUGACACAUGCAAACACAUCACACACACACAACCCCACGGACAUUUUUUGGAGUUUGGGUUUUCGAAGCAAAUGGGAAAGAGUCUGGUCUUGCACUUGCUGUGAAUGGACUCGUAAGCCAUGAGAAGGAGAGGGUGAGAGACCCUUCCAUGCACUUGCACACACACACACACACACACACACAAACACACACAUUACUCCACUUGUAUGUACAGAUGUAUAUACAGAAACACACACACACACACUCUGGACGCUCUGAGAGAUGCUACAAAUGAAGGGAAUGAUGGCUGCUGCUGCUGAGAGGUUUAUAUUUGACACCGUGAAGAACAUUGGAUUCAACAUGUCAUCCCCUUGACCCUCUCUCUCUCACACACACACACACACACACACACACACACAAACACACACACUGACACACACAAGCUGUCCCUCUCCUCUGAGGCCCGCAUCUCUGGACCCCACUGACUCUCUUCAAAGUGCCUUGGAGCCUCGGGGGGGUCCAGCUUGCCUUGACGGAGCCAGAAUCGGACACAGGAACUUGACAGUGACGGUCGCAGUGCCCCCCCCCCCCCCCCCCCCAACCCCAGGAGGACCAAACUAAAGUGUAAAAGGACCGGACGCCCCCCCCCCCCCUUUCGCACUGCUCGGACUGCUGUUGUUGUUGUUGUUUUGAAAAGGGGUCUUUGUACAGAAAAAGCUCUUUUUAUGAUUGUUAUUAUAAUUAUUGUUGAUUAUUUAAUAAAGGAUUUAUACCAUA